AUAAACAAAUCAAUGUCUGUGCGAUUGCAUUUCUCUGUCUCAAUUUCACGUGCGGAAUCACCAAAAACUCCAGUUCCCCUUGGCAUGGAAAGCGGUGCUAUUUUUGACUCACAGAUCACCGCUUCCUCCAUGUCUAAUGAUAGACAUGCCGCACCGAAUGCUAGAUUACAUUUCAAAGGAUCCGAAAACCCGGUUAGACAUGGUGGCUGGGUAGCUAGAGAGAAAAACAUCAACCAAUGGCUGCAAGUGGAUCUUCAGCAUAUCAUAAGGGUAAUAGGCAUAGCGACGCAGGGGAAACCUGCAUCAAAGCAGUGGGUUACUAAAUACAAGCUACAAUAUGGCGAUGACGGACAAACUUUUAGAGUCUACAAGCGAGACGGAGACGUAUCAGACACGGUUUUCCAAGGAAACAAGGACAGAGACACAGUAGUUUACCACGAUCUUAACCCGCUUAUUUAUGUUCGCUAUGUUCGAGUUCUUCCGAUGGACUGGAAUUGGGCGAUCGCUAUGAGGAUUGAGCUUUAUUCUUGUUAAGAAUAACAGUUGUUUGCGAGAAACAUCACUGCAAUUCAAUCCCUUCUAUGGCUAAUCCAAAAUGAUUUUUGUUUGUGGAUUACAAAGUACAACAGCAGCUUGAUUCGUUGACUAAUUAAUUAUUGAUCGCUUGAGCUUAAUAGUCGUUAUAAUUCGUAAUGUGAGGGAUAUGCACCAAUGGCAGCACAUUAAGACGCACCUGUAAAACGAACGAACGAACGUGCUCUUUUGGAGACUCGUGUUCAAUCAACCUCAGUGCCUAACGAGAACCGAUAGUGAAAACAAACCAAUCUCUCGUAAAAAUGUAUAAUAUAUCAUGCUCUCUUCACCAAUUUAACAAAGUAGUAAAUCUUGUAUCGUAGGAAAGAGACACAUGUGUGUUCAUUAAGGAAAAGGCGACAAGAAACCUCAGACGAGUUUGCAUGCCGUUAAAACGUGUUUAGCAGUUGUAACUGAUCAAAUUAUUUAAUAGAGUAUGUACCUCUAGUUAAAUUUGUAAGUAAGCAAAUGAACCUUGCGAGUAAAUGUGACUCAAAUAGUCAGAUUUAACGCUCAGGAAUUGUUGAGAAAUAA